AUGGAUAGCGCACCUCGAAUCCUCCUUUUUGGGGCUGGAAGCAUCGGUUCCGUCUUUUUGUACCAGUUCCAGCGGGCUGGCUGUCAGGUCACAGCCGUGUGCCGCUCCAACUAUGAAGCGGUAAGGCAGAAUGGCUUUACCAUGCUCAGCAAGCGAUUUGGCAACGUGCAGUUCCGCCCAGACUUGGUUGUGAGAAGCGCCGCAGAGUGUCCAGAGGACGUCACCUAUGAUUAUGUCUUUAUUGCUACCAAGUCAUUCCCCGGCUCGACGCCGUCCUUGAGCGACUUGAUUCGACCUGUUGUCCGCGGUCGACCUCAGACGGCCAUUGUGCUUGCUCAGAAUGGAAUUGCCAUCGAGGACGAAGUGGCCAAGGCAUACCCGGACAAUCCACUCCUAAGCUGUGCUGUCUACCUACCGGCUACGCAAACAGAGCAGGGUAUCAUUGAGUAUCCCGAGAUGCUGAAUCUCCUCGAGAUCGGCACCUUCCCCUCGAACGCCCCAGCAUCCCACAAGGCAGCGGCGACCAGGCUGGCGGAAUUAACGAUCGCCGGUGGGGGUCAAGCCGAAGUCCAUGAUGAUAUUCAAAUCGCUCGUUGGGGUAAGAUCAUGCUGAAUUGCGCUUGGAGUCCCACCUGCGCGCUCUCAAUGUCGACAGAUGCGGAUUUCUGCCUUUCAUCUUCUCCAUAUUCCUACGAGCUGGUGUGGUCGAUCAUGAAGGAGAUCAUCGAGCUGGCAAAGAAGAUCGGAGUCCCCAAUGUGGACGAGAAAGUGGCAGAGCAGAAGCUGGCUAUCGGCAAGCGACGGGCAGAAACGAGACAGGGCAGGGAGACGAGUAUGGUGCAGGAUGUCAAGCAAGGCCGACUGUUUGAAGUGGAAGCAAUUGUGGGCAACACUGCUCGCCUCGGGCGGCAAUGGGGAGUCGACAUGCCCCUUACGCAGAUGCUGUACGCUCUGCUCAAAGCAAGAUUUGACGCCAUGGUACGGGAGCAGAAUGGAGAAAUUGUUCAAUGA